AUGGCGCAAGACGAGAAGAAGCUCUCUGCGGCCGAGAAGGGCAAAGGCAAGGCAGAUGAUGUGCCAGUCGCCAAUGGAGAUGGGAAGCCACAUACCGACAAGGAUGGCAAGCCUAUACAAAAUGGCAAAGUCACAGAGGUGCCAGAUGAUGAUCUAUCGGAAGAAGACCAGCAGCUCAAGUCGGAUCUUGAGAUGUUGGUCGAGCGGCUGAAGGAAGACGACGCGAGCCUGUAUCAGCCAUCCAUCGAUUCGAUCAAGACGUUCAUCAAGACGUCGACAUCGUCUAUGACAGCUGUGCCAAAGCCUCUGAAAUUCCUCCGACCACAUUACGAUGACUUAUCUGCGCUGUACGAUAAAUGGGGUGCUGGUGCCGAUCGGGACUCUCUGGCAGACAUGCUUUCCGUGCUGGGCAUGACAUACGGGGACGAGACCAAGCACGAAACCCUCAAAUACAGAUUACUGUCCAAGUCCGACGAUCUGGGCUCAUGGGGUCACGAGUAUAUCCGGCAUCUGGCACUCGAGAUCGGACAGGAAUACCAGGUUCGACUCAACGAAGAGAAGGACGUACAAGACCUGUCAGAGUUGGCCCUGUCCCUCAUACCAUACUUCCUCAAGCACAACGCAGAAGCAGACGCGGUAGAUUUGCUCAGUGAGCUGGAAAUGAUCCAAGAAAUCCCAAAGUUCCUCGACGAGAACACAUACUCACGAGUAUGCUUGUACAUGACAUCGAUGGUCAAUCUCCUCACCUAUCCCGAAGACAUCAACUUCUUGACCACGGCUCAUGACAUCUACAUCAAGUACGGCAAGCUCGCACAAGCAAUGGUCAUUGCCAUUAGACUCAACAAUAUCGAGCUCAUAAGAAAAGAUCUCGAAUCAGCCAAAGAUCCAGCCCUCAAGAAACAGCUGGCGUUCAUGAUUGCUCGCCAGAGAAUACAGCUCGACCUGCCGUCAAACAGCGAAGAGGAGGAGACCAUAAUCAAAUGCUUAGGCAAUGUCGAGCUUCCAAACCAUUUCAAGACUCUCGCUAAAGAGCUCAACAUCCUUGAGCCGAAAGUACCCGAAGACAUCUACAAGACACAUCUAGAGAGUGGACGAGGCAGCUCUGCUGCGACCGAUUCUGCCAAGCACAACCUUGCUUCCUCGUUCGUCAACGCCUUCGUGAAUGCUGGCUUUGGCGAUGACAAGCUUAUGAUCAACCCCGGAGAAAACAGAGCAUGGGUAUGGAAGACCAAAGACGAGGGUAUGCUGUCGACUGCUGCCUCAGUCGGUAUGCUAUUGCAGUGGGACCUUGAGUCCAGUCUCGAUAGCAUCGACAAGUUCCAGCAUACCGAUGAGACUGCCAUCAGAGCCGGCGCUCUACUUGCUUACGGUAUCGCCAACUCGGGUGUCAAGAUCGACGGCGACCCGAUCAUCUCCAUUCUCAGCGAUGACGAGAAUUUUGCCAAAGGACAGCUCGCCGAGCGUGCCGCUUCAGUCAUGGGUCUAGGCCUGGCAUAUGCUGGCUCCGGCAAAGAGGACUUGCUGGAGAUCUUGCUACCUAUCGUUGAGGACAGCAGUCUUGAUCUACAACACUCCGCCAUGGCUGCUGUGUCACUUGGCAUGAUCUUCGUCGGAUCAUCAAAUCAUCAGGUCGCAGAAGCCAUUGCAACACAGAUGAUGGACGAAGAUAGACAGAAGCAGCUAAAAGGCAAAUGGGCUCGCUUUAUGGCUCUCGGUCUGGCAUUGGUGUACUUUGGCCGGCAAGAAGAAGUCGAUGUCAUCCUGGACAUCCUCAAAGCCAUUGACCACCCAAUGGCCGCCCCAACGGCCACGCUUGCGUCGGUCUGCGCGUGGGCUGGCACAGGCACAGUACUCAAGAUCCAGGAACUGCUGCACAUCUGCAAUGAGCACAUCGAGGAUUCAGAGGACAACAAGAGCGAGCAACUUGUUCAGUCAUACGCUGUCCUUGGUCUUUCACUGAUCGCCAUGGGCGAGGAUGUCGGCCAAGACAUGAUCCUCCGCCAAUUCGGCCAUCUGAUGCACUACGGCGAGCCCAACAUCCGCAAAGCCGUACCUCUCGCAAUGGGCCUCAUCUCGCCUUCAAACCCUCAAAUGAAGAUCUACGACACCCUUUCACGAUACUCACACGAUAACGACAACGACGUAGCCAUCAACGCCAUCUUCGCCAUGGGCCUCGUCGGUGCUGGAACCAACAACGCUCGUCUGGCACAGCUCCUUCGCCAGCUAGCCAGCUACUAUCACCGUGAUCAGUCAUCACUCUUCAUGGUCCGCAUAGCACAAGGUCUGCUACACAUGGGCAAAGGCACCAUGACAUUGUCACCCUUCCACACCGACCGACAGAUCCUCUCGCCUGUGGCAGCGGCUGGCCUUCUGACCGUACUCGUCUCACUCAUCGAUGCCAAGCAGUUCAUCCUCGCCGAAUGCCACUAUCUCCUCUACUGGAUCCCUCUGUCGGUGAAUGUCCGCGUCGGACAGGCUGUCGACACAGUGGGCCAAGCUGGCCGACCCAAGACCAUCACAGGCUGGCAGACACAGAGCACUCCCGUGCUGUUGGCAUACGGUGAGCGCGCCGAGCUUGAGGACGAGCAGUACAUCUGUCUGAGCGCUGCGCUGGAAGGGCUAGUUAUCUUGAGGAAGAACCCGGAGUGGGAAUCUGAAGAUACCACAACCCGCUAG